AUGGCACCUCCCUAUGGUGGCCACCAAGGCCCAGCCCCGGGCCGAUCCGGCAACACCGUCUCGCGGUCUGCUGGCAACUCCAACUCCAACACCAAUUCCAACUCCAACUCCAACACUAACACUACCAACUCGGGACGACGAUUGUCCCUGUCUCAACCGACAAGACCUGCGCGGGACCUCCUCUCCAACAUUUCGGAGGUAUCAACUGUCUCCACGAUGCCCAGUUUGGGGGCUAGCUCGGUGGCCAGCUCAACACGCCGAAGGAGAGGGAGACCGGCUGUCAGACCCCUCCGCUUCAGGCCCCCCACCAUCCGAUUCCGGUCCCGCCGGCCCGGUCAUUCCAACUUGAGACCCAGGUCUCCUGCGCCGUACAUACCUCCAGACCACUACCCAUCUGACGACAACCGCUUUGAGUCCGACCCUGACUUCAAGUGGAGCUCGUCCAACCUCUCCAACCUCUCCGUCUCUACCGACGCUACCAGCAUCCCAUCGGACGACGCCACCACCAAGUCGAUUCCGGAUCUGCGCCUCGUCCGGUCGCGCACGCUUCCGCCUGCUCGUCGUCAGACUGCCUUGGACGUCCACCAAAAGCCACAGCAACAACGGUUGCAGGUCCAGCGGCACCACCACCAGCAGCACCACCAGCAGCAGCACCAGCAGCAGCAGCAGCAGCUCCAGCUCCAGCAACAGCAACAGCAACUCCAGCAACAGCAACUCCAGCAACAGCAACUCCAGCAACAGCAGCAGCAACCCCUUCAACAAGGGCGUGUCGGCAUCUCUCUUCCUGAUAGCCGCGGCAGGACUUACCACAUCUCCGUGGCGCCGGGCCCGCUACAGAGGUCGCCGUCUCAACCCAAACUUCCCGAAGCUCCGCCCACCACCCACAAACGAUCUCCUUCUCGCAAACGAUCUCCUUCCCGGAAACGAUCGGCUUCCCGCAAAAGGUCCCCUUCUCGGCAGAGGAGUGACCCCGCUCUCCUCAGCGAGAUCCAGGGCCUGAAAGGUCGGAUCAAGGACCUCCAAGAGUCAAGGGCAUCAUUGGCUAAAGACCUGGAUGGCGCUCUUGCCAGAUUGCUGGACUUCGAGACCGAGAAGCGUGACAGGGAGCGCCAGCUCAUCAAAGAGAAAGAAACCAAGGAUGCCCGCGCCCGCGAUUUUGACAAGCAGAGCCAGCUACUCGCCGACACCCGGAGCACCCUAGAUGAGCAGACCCGCAAGUACGGCGCGCUCGUCAAAGAAUGUAGCGAGCUCCGAGAGGUCAAGGCCACCCUGGAGGCGAAAAUCACUGCUCUCGACAAGGACCUGAGCCUGUACAAGGAGUACAAAGUCCUGCUGGAAACCAAAUGCAACGACCUGCGUCAGGACAUGAAGAAGCAGCACGACCGCUUCAAAGCCGAAGCCGCGAGACUCCAAAACGAAAUCAAGGAGAUCGAGACCCUCCGCAGGACCCAAGACGCCGCACACGUGGAACGCAUCGUCAGCCUGGAGCUCUCCAAAGAAAACCUCCAGGCCAAAGCCGAGGCGCUCGAGGCCGAGCUCGGCCGCAAGGCUGCCGAGUUUGGACAGUUCACCGUCGAGCGCGAGCGGAUGGCCAAGGACAAGGAAGGCUGGGCGGAGCAGAAGAAGAGCCUGGAGGAUAUCAUCAAGAACCUCGAGACGGAGCGGAACAACAUCCAAGUGCACUUCACCCAGUUCGAACAAGAGAACUUUGACCUGCGGUCCCGUGUCGAGGGCCUCGAGAGCGACAGGGAGUCCAUGGUCGGCCAGAGCAGCAAGAUGCAGUCCAAGCUCGAACGCCUCAGGGGGGAUAACGCGAGCUUGCGGUCUCAGGUGUCGGGCCUGCUCAGGGACCAGGACGACCGCACUUCUCAGGUCCUGUCGCUCGCUGCUGAGCGGGACGAGCUGAGGGACGAGCUCCGGGCCAUGUCGGAGGCCGGGAGCGUCGUGGGAGGGAGCGUGGUCGGCAGCAUGGUUUCGUACAAGGCUGCUAGCAGGCCCCCCACCGAAGCAGGCAGCCGUGCCCCGAGUCGUGCCCCGAGCCGUGCUCCGAGCAAGGCGCCCAGUCAAGCUGCCAGUCGGGCUCCCAGCCGGGCUCCCAGCCAAGCCCCUAGCCGGGGCCCCAGCAGAGCUCCCAGUCAAGCCCCCAGCCAAGGUCGAAGUCAAGCCCCGAGCCGAGCCCCCAGUCAAGCCCCCAGCCAGGCUCGGAGUCGGGUCCCCAGUCAAAUGGCCAGCCGGGCCGGCAGUGUACGCGCUCCUAGUCGUGCUCCAACCGAGCGGGGCAGUGUUCUCUCGAGGAAGGGCGAAGAGCUUGAAGAGAACGACAACCUGGACAGGGUGGCAGAUGAUGCCCGGAGCGUCAUGUCGGAUGCUACCGAGAGACCAGCCCCCGUCAGCAGCGAAGUGAUUGUGGAAGCGCCAGCCGAUGAUCUCGCUCCCGACUCUGCUGCCGCUGCCGCUGCCGCUGCCGAUGCUGCUGCCGAUGCUGCUUCCCCGGCAGAAGGGGACGUCGCUGAAGCAAACCCACCCGGUAGUACCGUCGAUGCGAAGGAUGAAGAAGUCGCCGAGGCCAGGCCCGAGGCCAGGCCCGAGGCCAGGCCCGAGGCCAGUCUCGUCGAUGGCAACCAGGGUGACGAGGUCGCGGAAGCCCAGGCCGAGCCAGAGGCGGUGGCGGUCGAGUCCGAAGUGGCGGCCGAGCCUGAACCUGCUGUCGAACCCGAGGUUGCCCCUGGUGCUGAGGUGGUUGUUGAGCCCGCGGCGGAACCAGACGUCGACGCAGAGCCUGCAGCCGCUGCGCCAUCCGAGCCGGCGGCUGAGGCGGAACCCGAGGCUCCAGCUGAACCCGAACCUGCCGUCGAACUUGAGCCUGCCGUCGAGCCUGAACCUGUCGCUGAACCUGAGGCUGCCGUUGAGCCUGAACCUACCCCCGAGCCUGAAGCGGAGCCGGAGGCUGUAGUCGAACCCGUAGCCGAACCUGAAGCAGCACCUGAAGCUCCAGCGGAACCGGCAGCCGAACCCGAACCAGAACCGGCAGCUGAAGCACCCGCUGAACCCGCAGCUGAACCAGAACCCGAAGUCCCAGAGGAACCUCCAGCUGAACCUGAGCCCGAACUAGAGACUGCGCCUGCCCCCGAGCCAGAACCAGAGCCUAACCCAGCAUCGGAGGUAGCCGAGGUUGUUCCCGGCGCCUUUCCAGAGACCACUUCCGAUAUUCAAGUGGCCCCUGAGCCCGAGCCGGCACCCGAGCUUGAACCUGCUGCUGCCGAACCCGAGCCCGAGGCCGAACGUGCGCUUGAGCCUGAGCCUGAACCAGAACCAGUUGCAGAACCAGUUGCAGAACCUGAACCAGAACCGGCGGCGCCAUCUGAGUCACCCGAAGCCGCCGAACAAGCCGCCCUUCUCGCAAGCCUCCAAACCCAAAACGGCGAUCUCGAGGCCCGCAACGCGCAGCUGCAAGAGGAAGCGGCCCGUGUCGCCAUCCUGACGGUGGAGCGCGACGCGCUAGCCGAACGCCUGGUAUCGGUGGAGCAGAACGCAGCACUGGUGCCGGGCCUGCUGGACGAGAACGGCGACCUGAGCACCCGGCUGGCGGACACGAACGCGCAGCUCGAGGCGGCGAGGGCGGCGCACUGCGCGGCGAGCGAGGAGGUGUUUGGGCUGCGGGCCGAGGUGGCCAGCUUGCGGAACAAGUUGGCGAGCGCGAACAGCGCGUCGAGCCCUACGCGGCGGAGCGGCAGCGGGGGCGACAGUAGGCGCAGUUCGAGGAAGGACGAGAAGGCGAAGCAGUUGAUUGUUGUGCGGGACCCGGCUGACCGGAGCAAUAUCCAAGUGAUGCGCCGAUGCGAUCUCCGCCUCCACUCGAGGUCGGCCUCGCAGUCUGACUGA